AUGAUGGAUACAGCGGGUGAGGUACCGAUAUAUGUUGGAGGGGAUGUCGACCGAGUUCAGCUGCUUGUUGAUCAAAUGUCAUAUUUUGAGUUGGUGAGUACAUUGAUCGAGGAUUUAGAGUAUUCGUCGGUGGAAAGGGUGUGGUAUUUGACUCCGGGACAAAGUAUGGAACAUGGGCUGCACGAGAUACGCACUGAUGCCGACGUUAUUAAUGGUUUACUUGUGGCUGCCGAGCUAGGAGAGGUGUCUUUGUUUUUUGAAGCAACUAAGUUCAUUCAUGAGAUGGGAGACAACUAUGGGCAUAGCGAGGAGGUUGAAGAUGAGGAGGGUGAUAACUCUGUUGUAGCAGAGUUCGUCCGGUUAGAUGAAGAUGAUGCUCAAACGUCGGAUGAGGAAUACCAUGAAAUUCGGGCCCGAUAUCGUCGCAUGCUACAGCGGUCUAGGAUUGGGGAGAAUGGAUCUGGAGAAGAAGUUGAUCAGUUGUUUGUAGAACCUGAUGAGGUGAACGAGACUGUUCAACCUAGUGUGAAUAUCGAUGAAGAAGCCGCCAAGGGACAAGAAGAGGAGGUUCAGAAUAGUGGUUGUAUGGGUGAUGAUGAAGCUCAAGGGUCUGAAGCAACAGUCUAUCGGGGGUCUGAGAACUCAGAUCAUGUUCGUGGCAACAUUGGCGAGGAAGAUGAAGUCUCUAUGAUCGACAAGUGUCAUUUUUAUGAUCCCAAUUGCGAUCAUAAGACAUUGUUGAUCACUACCCAUAUGAGGUUUGCUAGUCCUCAGCAGUUUAAAGAUGCCAUUACAAGACAUUCCAUCGAAAUUGGUGCUGAUAUACGAUGGGUUCGUAGUAGUGAGAAGAAAAAAGAGGUUGUCUGUGCACAGAAGUGUAGCUGGAGGGUGUAUGCUUCUUGGUAUGGGAAGAGAGAGACCUUUAUGAUCAAGGGUGUUGGUACACCACAUGAUUGCCCGCGUUCAUUUCGAAUCCGUGGUGCUACUGCCAAGUGGAUAGCUACUGAAUAUCUGGAGCGGUUUAGGGUGGAGCAAGAGUGGGAUGUGAAUUUGAUGGCAGCUGAGAUAAAGCAGAAGCACAACCUAGAGGUGACACGAAAAGCUUGUUACCGAGCUCGCAUAGAAGCAAGGCGCAUUCUCCAUGGCACGUUGAAAGAAGAUUUUCAUCGGAUGCGUUCAUAUGUAGGGCAUCUUCAGAGAGUGGACCCGGAUGGAACAUUUCGUCUAGAGGUUGAUUUGGAACCUGGAUCCGAGAAGGUCUACUUCAAGCGAUUUUAUGUGGGUUUUUCAAGCUUGGCUCGAGGGUUCUUGGAGGGGUGUAGGCCUUUCUUCUGCCUUGAUGGAUGCUUUUUGAAAGGUGAAGUUAAAGGCAUGCUACUUAGUGCAGUUGGAAAGGACGGAAACAAUCACAUGUAUCCGAUAGCCUGGGCAGUAGUCGAGUCUGAGAAUGGGAGUUCGUGGACAUGGUUUAUUCAAACAUUGCAAGAAAAGCUGCAUCUUGGAGAUGGAAAUGGUUGGACUAUUGUUUCCGACCAACAAAAGGUAAGCUUACUACAUCAAUUUGACUAUUGUUUACAAUUCGGCUGA